ACAGCGACCAGCAGAUUUCAGAAGAAGAAAUCCAGGGAUCCUUUCAGUAUUUACACAUUGAACAAGGAGCAUUCUUUGACGGACAUUUUGAUGACUGCUUGACUCCCUCUGGUGUCCGUAAAGGCUUGACGAUGGAUUUGUUAGAUGGUGGUGCCAGUGAAAAACCGAGCGGAGCCGAGGCUGUAGGCGUGUCGUCGAGCCUGUACGCGGCACUCGGCCUGUCGUCAGAAGAUGUGGAUGCGCUCGCUCAGAUUCCAGAGAGUGAAAUCAGCGUUGAGACCCUCCCUUAUCUGAUCAUGCAGCUCAAAGCGAAAAGAGCCCAACAAACAUCAUCUACAACAGACACUGACCACAGAGACAAGUCUCAGGAAAAGCUGAACACACCUGAGCGGCGCAAAAGCCCCCCCCUGUCUUCCGGCUCAGCGAGGAGCCACGGGAGCCAUGAGCAUGAGCAUCACGGCAAAGGGGAGGGUCAUAGGAAGGGCGAGAAGCAAACAGGAGGAAGAAAGGACGAUACAGGAAGAUGCAGGAAGUCAUCCCGAGAAAGUCAAAGUGGGGAUCACGUGCCUGCCGAGACCGAGUUAGGCGACACCCCAACGGUUUUCCCAUACAACUGCUCUCUUUGCAAUUGUAGGAUGAAUUCGAAAAAGACAUGGAAUGAACAUCUAUCAGGAUUCCGCCACAAAUCACAUGAAGCGCAGUCCUCUCCGCGAAGUUCCCGCUCAUAUCCCUCUAAAAGACCCCACAGCAGUGAUCAUUCUGCCAUGUGGGAUCCGUUCAUGUCCAGCUCAUCAGACCGUCUAUACCCCCCUAAGGCCAAUACAAAAGUGGUCGUUGCCAAGUUUUCCAUGGGCGCUGUGACAGUGGAGGAGCUUUUAGUGCUUGGCAAACCAUUCGGCACAAUUGUGAAGCACCUAGUGUUCCCUGCAAAGGGUUUUUUGGAGUUUAGUUCUCACAAGGAAGCUCAGAAUAUGGUCAGUCACUUCAAGUUGAAACCAGCCUUCAUCAAGGAGAACCGAGUCAUCCUCUACUUAUCACCGACAGUGGAAGGCAUUCAUUCACCACCCAAGUUUGAUGAGCCUUCGCAAAAACGAACCAAGCGUUCGAAUCCACCUUCUGUGGUUUGUUUUUCACGUUUGCCUCCUGGCGAGGGCGUUGAGGAUGAAGUACUAGAGCUUGCAGGCAUGUUUGGUGAGGUGUGGCAGUCAAAGUUCACAGACUGUAAGGCUUUGAUAGAGAUGGUUGACUGGCGUGAUGCUGACAUCAUGGUGAAGUAUUACUACAGUAACCCACUGAGGAUUCAAGGCAAAAGUGUCAAAGUAGCCAUGUCCCACAUCACCAGCCUGCGCGAGAACAGUACCGAGCCUCCGUCCAGAAAAUCAGACUCGAGCAAAUACGGCAGACAACGAGACGAGUCCACGUCUAGCAACAAAGACAAAGGCGACAACGCUAACCAGGAAGCCACAGAGAAAGAAAACCAGUUAAUGGAAAGUGAAGACAAAGUGCUCGAUAAUGAGGAGGGUAUUCAGUUGGAGGAUGAAUCUGGGCUGCUUGAUGAGGGGACAGAUGACACUGCGGUUAAUACCGAGGAGGAAGAAAAAAAGGGAGAGGAGGAAAGGUUGGAAGAGGAGAGGGCCACUAAUGCUGACGAGGAGAACAGAGAGAGAGAUUCACAGCAGAAUCAAGACGAACUGGAUGAUGAAGAAUUCCCAGAAAACAUCGAGGAUUUUGUUACAUUAGAUGAGCUGGACAACACUGCAGCGGCUGAUUCAGCUUUAGCUCCCUCUGUGUCAAAGGAUGGUAGAGUAGUGGUGGUUUGGCCCAUAAAGAAGACACCUGACUUGAUGAAGGAUCUUUGCUAUCUGGCUGCACCAUUUGGCAGAAUAGUGAAACAUAUUUUGUCCGUGUCCAGACAACAGGCUAUGAUUGAACUGGAAUCAGGUGAAAUAGCCCAAGAAAUGGUGCAGUUCUACAGAGAUCACAAGGCAAGGGUGUGUGGCAGACCGGUGUCUAUAUCCAUAUCCCGUAUCAUGAAAACAAUAGAGAGCCCUAGUUGGAGAUCAGUUUUCAUCAGCGGUCUUCCCAACCAAAGAUUUCAACAUAAAUACACAAAGGAAUCCCUUUUAAAUCUGGGUAAGCCCUUUGGAAAACUGACUGCCUACUCUCUAGCCGAGCAUCAAGCAACGUGUUACAUGCAAUUUGAAAGUGCAAAGGCAGCUCAACGUAUGGUUGCGCGGUACAAACGACGGCCUUGCAAAUUUUGGGGGUCUAUCCUGAAGAUAGUCAUGAGCAGGAAGGGAGACUCUAUGAUUCGUUGGACAUACACUUCAGAAGAAGCUGAGGAGAAAGAGUUAAAAAAGGAGGAAAAACAAAUUAAACCAAGCUCUGAAAGAACAGGAAAUGACCAGGAAAUCAAGAGUGACGCAAAGGAGAGCCAGCAAAGUUCUCUACCGGAUUGUGAAGGUGUUGGUGGGGAUUCAGUUUGUGAAGGGAAAGGUUCAGAAGAGGUUAAUCAACAGGAGAAAACCCCUCUGAGCCCUUCUCAAUCUGACCACAUUGUGGGUGUGGACUACGUCAUCCCAGUAACUGGUUUCUUCUGCAAGCUCUGUAACAUAUUCUACACCGACGAGAGCAAAGCAAAAUCCCAGCACUGCCGCAGCCUGGAGCAUCACAACAACUUCAAGCUCAAACACGCCGAAGUAGUGGAACCGGCAGACGGACACCUGGACGGUUGAGGAAAAGGGUGAUCAUGAAAAGACAGAGACGUUGUACUUUUGAUUCAUUAUGUUUUUUUAAUUUGUUUUCAUUCCAGUGAGUUUCGACAUUCUUUCUGUUCAAAAGUUUUGUUUAUGAAAGCGCUUGCAAGAGUGAAUGUGUGUGAGAGAGAAAUGCGUGUGGAUAAAAUGAUGGAGUCAUUGUAAUGAUUUGGAUGUGCAUUAGUAAACAGAAUGAAGUAGAGUGUUACACUAAGCUCAUGAAAUAAACUCAAGUUUGUUUACCGUCAGGUACGUUUACUCUCACCUGUAUCAUAGCUUGAUAAAAGCUCUUUAGUUAUGCAAGGCAAGCAUGAUCUGUAAUAGUGUGUGAGUGCGUGCGGUGCGCACAAUAACACUGAUCAACAUCUAAAACAGUUAAACCUCACAGCAUUGGCUCUGAACAUCAUCAUCUUGACAUCAUUUAUGAAUGCGUGUACAAUUUUCCAUCAGUUUAACCCUCUGGGGUUGUUCGUUUAACAGUCACACUCGGGACCUUCGGAUCCAAAUGGACCCAAAGGGCGGGAU